AUGUCUUACAUGUAUACAUACAUACCUUAUGUAUAUUGUACUGAUAAAAAUGUUUUUACAAAUUAAAAACAACUUAUUUUGUCACAUCUAACUUAUAAAUUAAUAUAAAUCCAUUAAAUAUUUACAAAGUUAAUGUUUAAUAAAAAUCCGCAUUGAAUCAAUUAAUUUUUAUUACCGGUAUGAUAUAGUGGCAACGGUAACAGGUUAGUCGAUAUCUAUCGUACCAUUCAGAUUUGCGUGAGUUCCAAUUCUUCAUUGUGCAUCGUUUUAUCCUUUAUUUGAAAAACACUUUAUUUCAUUUGUAAGUAUUUUACUUUGUAACUAUCUUCAAAUAGAUAUCAUUUUCUCAUUAUAAUAUAAUUUUCUUUAUAUUUAAUGCAUACACGUAUAUAAAUAUAAUAAUUUAAAUACUGAUAUGAUUUUCUGUGUGUAAUACAAACUAUUUUUUUCUAUUUUUAAUUAGAUUUAUUAAUUAUAAAAAUAGUGAUGGAAUCUUUAUUAAUAAUAAUACUUGAGGAAUCAUUACUGAUUAUUGAUCAUUUAUAAUCAUUUGUGAUCGUUUUAAUUCUCGUAUACGUUCUUGUAUACAGAAAUAUAUUUUUUGUAUCAUACAAAUUUUCUUUUUUAUUUUGCAUUAUUCAUAUCUUUGAACAUAAUAUUAAUCAAUCGUGUUAAAUAUUUUGUUCAUAAUUGUAAAUCAUAUUUUAGGUUAUUCUACACUACAAUACACAUAUCUCUAACAUGGCUCUAAAAAUUUCUGUUAAUACUGGAAAUAUUGAAUUGGAUAAUAAAAUCAGUGAAUGGUUAAAAUGGAAUAAGGAUGCAGCUGCUAAACAUGAAAUUCAAGAAUUGAUUCUUAACAACGAUGAUAAAAUUUUAUCUAAUUUAUUUUUAAAGAGGCUUGAAUUUGGUACAGCUGGCUUAAGAGGUUGUAUGGGUCCAGGAUAUAAUCAAAUGAAUGAUUUAGUUAUAAUUCAAACUGGUCAAGGGUUAUCAAUGUAUUUAGCUGAUAACAUAGUAGAUGUAACUGAAAAGGGUAUCAUAAUAGGAUAUGAUGGACGUCACUGCAGCAAAAGAUUUGCAGAAUUGACUGCUGCAAUUUUUGUAUCAAAAAAUAUAAAAGUAUAUCUUUUUUCAAAAGUUGUACCAACUCCCUUUAUACCUUAUAGUGUAUUAAAGUAUAAAUGUGCAGCUGGAAUAAUGAUUACAGCAUCUCAUAAUCCUAAAAAUGAUAAUGGUUAUAAAGUUUAUUGGGAAAAUGGCGCACAAAUAAUAUCACCACAUGAUAAAGAAAUUCAAAAAUACAUACUUAAUAAUCUUGAACCAAUGGAAUCUUCGUGGGAAGUAACAAAAAUCUAUCACAGUUCUUUAUGUAUAGAUCCAUGGGAUGAUGUUAUGCAAUCUUACUUUAAUGAUCUCGAAGAAACUGUUUUAUAUCCAGAAGUGAAUAAAAAUACAAUAUUAAAAUUUACUUAUACUCCUAUGCAUGGUGUAGGAUAUCAAUAUAUGACUGCAGCCUUUAAUGUUGCAAAUUUUAAGCCAUUUAUAGUAGUUGAAGAACAAAAGUUACCUGAUCCAGAAUUUCCAACUGUUAAAUUUCCAAACCCUGAAGAAGGAAAAAGUGCUUUAGAUCUUAGUAUACAAGUAGCAAAUAAAAAUUCUUCUUCUAUUAUUCUUGCUAAUGAUCCAGAUGCGGAUAGGCUAGCUUGUGCUACGAAAAUAAAAAAUGAUGAAUGGUACAUCUUUUCUGGUAAUGAAUUGGGAGCACUUUUAGGAUGGUGGAUGAUACAUAAAUAUCAAGUGCAAUAUGCUGAUACAGAUUUUUCAGAUGUAUAUAUGUUGGCAUCGACAGUUUCAAGUAAAAUUUUAGCAUCAAUGGCUAAACAAGAAGGAUUUAAUUUUGAGGAAACUUUAACAGGUUUUAAGUGGAUGGGCAAUAGAACUGUAGAAUUAGAAAAAAUGGGUAAAACAGUUCUAUUUGCAUAUGAAGAAGCCAUAGGGUUUAUGUGUGGUUCAAAAGUUCGCGAUAAAGAUGGUAUAAGUGCUGGAAUGCAUCUAGCAGAAUUAUCGGCCUAUCUUGAGACUAUGGGACUUACUCUUCCCGACUUAUUAAAUGAAAUAUAUAUUCAAUAUGGAUACCAUAUUUCUAAGAAUUCAUAUUGGAUUUGUCAUGAACCAAGUAUAAUCAAAAAAAUAUUUGAAAGAUUACGAACAUACUCUGGCAAAUCAAAUACAUAUCCAACAGAUAUUCUCGAUGGAAAAUAUACUAUAAUAGGUGUUCGUGAUUUGACAACUGGUUAUGAUAAUACAAAACCAGAUAAUAAGGCUGUUUUACCUAUUUCGAGAUCUAGUCAAAUGAUAACAUUUACAUUUAAAAAUGGUUUGGUUAUAACUUUAAGAACUAGUGGUACUGAACCUAAAAUUAAAUAUUACAGUGAAUUGUGUGCUCCUACUAAUCAACAGUAAGUUGUUUAUAUUGUUAAUCAUAGUGUAACUCUAAUUUUAAAAUCUUUAUUACUUUAUACAAUUAUUUUCAGAAAUGUUGAAGUCUUAAGAAACAUUCUUGAUGAAAUGGUAUCAGCUGUUGUAACAGAAUUUCUUCAACCUGAAAUAAACGGUCUUCUACCUCGUAUUAGUUAAAUAAUAUUAUAAAUAUUUAUACGUGAAGUCUUAUUACUAUUACUUAUUACUCACUUUCAUAAGUUGUUCUUGUUAAUUACUUAUAUAUAUUCAAUUUAAUUAAUCGAUUAUUUUGUAAGUAUUUAUUAAUCGAUUAUUUUGUAAUUAUUUUGUAAUUGUUAUAUAUAAGAAAUUGUAUUUAAUUUCUUCAAUAAUUAAUUAAUUUUUUUAUCAAACAUAUAAUACAAUUAUAUUAUGUAAAAAAAUGUCAUAAUAUAGAACAAUAAGUUAAAUAUUGUUAACAAUUUUAAAUUUUUAUAUAAUUCUUUAAAAAAUAAUUUACAUUAAUAAAUUAAAGGAAUGAAUAACUGGAAUUAUACAUAUUCAAGCAUUAUUGUUCAGACAUGUACUGAUAUUUGAUUUUAAUAAUAUGUAUUAAUAAUUCAUGAUUUGUAUCAAUAUGUAUCAAUAAUUCAUAAUUCAAUAUUUUUAACAAAAUAUUAAUAUACACUUUAUUUAUAACUACUAUACAUGCAUAUGUUUUCAUUAUAUAAAUGUACAUAUUUUUUAUAUAGAAAUUAGCUAACUUUUUUUAUUUUAACUUUUUUUUAUUUUGCUUCUUGAACAUAAAAUGUAAUACACUAAAAAGAAUACGUUAUUACAUACUUUUAAUAUUAUAUAUAUAUAUAUAUAUUUUUUAAGAAAAUAGAAAAAUACCUGUUCAUCUAAAAAAUCCAUAA